GUGAAUCCCUCCUUUCUUUCCGUACUUCUGUACCUGGAUUUUAGCCAUGGGUCGCCGUCCCGCUCGUUGCUACCGUUACUGUAAGAACAAGCCUUACCCCAAGUCUAGAUACUGUCGUGGUGUCCCCGAUGCCAAGAUCAGAAUCUACGAUUUGGGUCGCAAGAAGGCGCACGUCGACGAUUUCCCUCUUUGCGUCCACUUGGUGUCCAACGAGUACGAACAAUUGUCGGCUGAAGCUCUUGAAGCUGGUCGUAUCUGUUGUAACAAGUACAUCACCAAGACCUCCGGCAAGGACUCUUUCCACAUGCGUAUCCGUGUCCAUCCCUUCCACGUCACCCGUAUCAACAAGAUGUUGUCGUGCGCUGGUGCCGAUAGAUUGCAAACCGGUAUGCGUGGUGCUUUCGGCAAGCCCAAUGGUCUCGUUGCCCGUGUCAACAUCGGCCAGAUCAUUUUCUCCGUCCGUACCAAGGACUCCAACAAGGCUGUUGUUAUUGAAGCCUUGAGACGCUGCAAGUACAAGUUCCCUGGUCAGCAAAAGAUCAUUGUCUCCAAGAAGUGGGGUUUCACUCCUCUCUCUCGCGAAGACUACAUCGUUGCUCGCUCCGAAGGCAAGCUCCGUCCCGAUGGUUGCUACGUCAAGUUCGUCCCCAACAAGGGCAAGCUCAACGACUACUUCCGUGAAGCCAGCAGAGUUUAAACUCUCUUGCACAAAAAAUUUAAAUAAACGUGUGGGUGAUUCAUGCAUUGCAUGGCU